AAACCUAUGUCGAAUAAAUCUAUACAAUUAUAAUAAUAAACGUGUAGCUGACAACUAUUUCAUUUCACACUAAUACAAAAUGCAAAAAGUGUAUUUGAAAUAAGUUUAAAGCUGCUGUUUAAUGUUUCUGUUUCCAUUUAUGUAUAGGCCUACGGUAUGGUAAUUUUAAUAUCAGACACUUGUACGCAUGUGCAAGGCGUGUUACUUCCUCGCGUCCAACGUUGCCGUGGUGGAGUGAAGCUCCCUCAGUCCUUCUUCCAGCUACCUUUGGUGCAGAAGCGCGGUGCGAUAGGACGCACGAGUGUACUCAGACAGCGACCCAGCAGACAUGUCGGAAAGUGGGAGAGAGGAACCCGCCGGGGCCGCGAACGGCAGCGACGACAGCCCGACGAAACGUGCACCCAGACGGCCCGUCGGCAACAGAGUGACCGUGGUGCUCGGGGCUCAGUGGGGGGACGAGGGGAAAGGAAAAGUUGUGGACCUGCUGGCACAAGACGCGGAUAUGGUGUGCAGAUGUCAGGGCGGCAACAACGCAGGACACACGGUGGUGGUGGACUCGGUGGAGUACGACUUUCACCUCCUCCCCAGCGGCAUCAUCAACCCCAAGGUCACCGCCUUCAUUGGCAAUGGUGUCGUGAUCCACCUGCCAGGCCUGUUUGAGGAGGCAGAGAAGAAUUCACGCAAAGGGAAAGGUCUUCAUGGGUGGGAGAAAAGGUUGGUCAUCUCAGACAGAGCACACAUUGUGUUUGACUUCCACCAAGCGGUUGAUGGUGUUCAGGAACAGCAAAGACAAGCGCAAGAUGGCAAGAACCUUGGGACAACAAAGAAGGGGAUUGGUCCAGUGUACUCAGCCAAGGCAGCACGAAGCGGUCUCAGGAUAUGUGACCUGUUGGCCGACUUCACUCAGUUCUCUGAAAGGUAUAAAGUUUUGGCCAAGCAGUACAAAGCAAUGUACCCCACUCUGGAGAUUGACAUAGAGGGAGAGCUUACAAAAUUAAAGGACUAUGUGCAGCGGAUCAAGCCCAUGGUGAGGGACGGAGUGCACUUCAUGUACGAGGCUCUCCACGGCCCUCCUAAGAAGAUCCUGGUGGAAGGAGCCAACGCAGCUCUACUGGACAUCGACUUCGGGACGUACCCUUUUGUGACCUCGUCUAACUGCACGGUGGGCGGUGUGUGCACGGGUCUCGGCAUGCCACCUCAAAACGUGGGGAGCGUUUACGGGGUCGUCAAGGCGUACACCACCAGAGUGGGCAUCGGGGCCUUCCCCUCCGAGCAGAACAAUGAGAUCGGAGAGCUUCUUCAGACUCGAGGGAAGGAAGUGGGCGUGACCACCGGAAGGAAGAGACGAUGUGGUUGGCUGGAUCUGGUGCUCAUCAAAUAUGCACACAUGAUCAAUGGCUUCACCGCUUUAGCGCUCACCAAACUUGACAUACUUGACGUGCUCGCAGAGAUCAAAGUGGGCGUCGCGUACAAAGUCGACAACCAAAUUAUACCUCACUUUCCAGCCAAUCAGGAGGUGUUGCAGCAUGUGGAGGUCCAGUAUGAGACGCUGCCGGGCUGGAACAGCGACACCUCGGCUGUGAGAAACUUUGACGAUCUGCCUGAGAACGCCCAGAAAUAUGUCCACUACAUUGAGCACCAAGUGGGCGUGCCUGUCAAGUGGAUCGGAGUGGGCAAGUCUCGGGAGUCCAUGAUCCAGCUGUUCUAGACAGAGGGAGGAGACACCCAAGCAAAGAGGAUGCAAAUCAACUGUACCCUUCUUCUCUCUCUCUCUCACACACACACACACACACACACACACACACACACACACACACACACACACACAUAGAGACAUGACCGCCAUGUCUGCUCUUAAUGCUUUAACACUGUAUCCUCAGACUGACUCUGGAUCAGACUCCCAACACAGAUUGACCUCCCAGCAUCUCCAUCUGUUUUUUUAACAAUUUUAAACUUUUAGGAUAACAGUUAUCGUAGCCGUUUAUUUCAGACAUGCAACACCAGCUGCCAUCAGGUCUGAAAGCGGACUCGAGGGAACGGACUUCGACAUGCACACAAACACACAAACACACAAACACACAAGGCGGUUCAUCUAUGCGCUGUGAAUCAGUUUUAACCUCUGCACUUUUAGAUGCUUUGGACUACACCUGCUUUAUGUUUUAUUCUGCCAGGUGUGCAACACAUCCUGGUACGAUAAAGGGAUCCUUUUAAUAUUUUUUUGUGUGUUUUUUUACGCCAUCAGACAAAGACUCCUCCUUGUCAUUCAACCAAAAGAUUUGCUUUCUUUUUCUUUUUUUUAUCCAAAGCCACUUACAAUCAUGUUACAUUCAUAAUAAAAUGUUGUGUUAAAGUGUAGGAGGAGGCAGCGGUAACUGUUACCCAAAGAAAAGUGUAAGCAUGGAUGGAUCGGUACUGAAUAAUGAAGUUGGUCAUCUUUGCUUUAUUUUUUGUCCAGUAUUCUACCAUUGUUAUAAUACAUAUUUUAAUUAACAUUUUUGUAAUUUUGUUUUUGUCAUCUUUAAGGAAAGGAAAAAUAUGGCUUUGAAAAAGUCUUGAGUUGCUUGUUGCCUUCAGAAAACCAAGCAGGAACUCUUCCCUGUUUAAACAUCCAGAUAGAGAAAUGGUGUCUGGUGAUGCCUUCAAGGAACACCUCAUUACGGGGGACUUGGGAGUGUUCAUGCACAUCAUUUAAAAAGCCUUAAAUAGCUACUGUUGUGGUGUUUGGAGCAGUUUGUUAACAAAUUAAACCAAAUACGUUUUAAACUUUUAAAGUGGCUGAAUCAAUUAGUGUUCCUUGGAUUCUAUUUAGAUGUAAACUGCUAGCGAUGGGCGCUUUCUAUCAGUUUGAUGGUGAUAGUCAACUGAUGGUAAUUAAGGCCUAGACAAUAUCCAUUGUUUUAUAUACUGCAAGAUAUGGUCUUUAGAUAUCUGGAUUAUGUGAAAGAGUUGCUCUAGUGAUAUAGCAUUGCUCCUCCAUAAAGUUAGAGGACUAAUAAGUAAUGUCAAAAUUGGAGCAGCAGAGGCCAAAAUAUCCUGACUUUUAGUCCCUAGUUUUGGGUCGAGCUCCUCAAAUUAUAGAAUAAGUCACAUGAGUAGAGAGUAUAAAAUAUUGUGCAUGGACGAUAUACCACUUUAUCCGUUUAAAAUAUGGGCAACAACAACAUGAGUUGUUUGUGUUUCGGUUUGAGAACAAACUGAAUAUAUCCGAUCUUUAAGAAAACCCUCCCGGUUGUAAGAACCACCUGGAUGUUGAUGAGAACAUAUUUAUAAGCCUGAUACUAUUUACCAUACCUUUUCGAUAUUGUACAUGUACUUUAAAUAGUAUAGUAAUAACAUUAUAUAUUUUAUUUGGGGCUUUUAUUCGUAAACACAAUGGUGUAUAAACCUGAUGGUGUGUAUGGGGGGCUUUGAUGGCCAAAGUCAUAUUUGGGGAAGCAUUUAGUCAAAUUAUUGAUUUUGUAACUGUGAUUUAAAAACUCAUCCGUUUGUCUCUGGUGAGCUGAACAUGAACAUUUUUCUCAGGACAUUGAUUAAAAAUGUAUUCAAUCUUUACUCAUUAUGCUAGUUUUGUCUUGAAGUUGUGUGUAACUGUUGUAUAAUCUCAACCACUUUUAAAGUUUGGCCAAGCUCCGCCCCCUGAUGAAGACAGGAAGUGGUUCACAUUCUUACUGAUUCAUUGAAGUGGGAUCGUUCACCUCUGCUCUGCGUGACCCCGUUUCCUUUCUCUGUUGUAAUGAACAUUUAUCCCUUUACGUGCUCACACUGCCAACUUUUCACUGAAUCCCCUUUUACAACCUGAAAAUCUGUGUGUCCAUAUUUCUGCCUUUCUUUACUUUUUAUUAUUUUCCUUUCAUCCCUCACCGUUCAGCCCGUGUUUCAUUAAGGACAGACUUCCAUCUUGGUAAAGACUAAAUUAAUGUUUUAGGCUCUGUACGCACAAUACACACGCCAAAAACCCUCAAUACAUGAAUGUUUUUUUGUUUGUUUAAAUGCCUUGAAAUGCAGUUUGCACUUUUUAUUUCCUGUAAACUAAGUUUUUCAUGUUGGAAAAGGGGAAAAAACAAAACAAAACAAACAUCAAAAUGUAUCCUGACAUGAUAUUCGGUGUCUUUGGAAACUUUGGGAUCAUCGCUUGAAUUUUAAUUAAAGUUCUGUAGUUUUGAACAACGUUUGGCUGCACAGCAUAGAGUUUUGUAAUAUCGGUGGUUUGAGAGGUGAAAAUACUCACAUUUGCUGAUUAAACUCCAAAGGUCAAUUUGUUUCAUUAUUGCAUUACUUUUUGUCACAGAAGAUGUAACUUAAUUAUUUCGCAUUUAAAAUCCACUUUUGAAAACAUUACAGAAAAAUAACCAUACUAAAACACGUUUUUUGGCCAUAACUCAAGAAUGUAUUUGCUAAUCAUGAAAACAUUUGACCCAAUGUCAUAUUGUAUUAAAUUAUGAAAUGAUGACAUUUUA